AUGAGUCAAAAGCAAACCUCAACAAAUUCACAAGAAGACGUCUUACAGUUUCUUGAUAGUCUUGACACAUAUAAUAAAAAUAAUAAUUCCGCUGCCAAUUUAUCGGCAAGCAAUACAGCAACUGGAGGAGGUGAAGUAGGCGGCGCAACAAAUGCGAAUCAAGCUACCACAGAUACUCAAUCUGUGUUGGAUUUUCUUGAUCAGAUAACACAAACUGACGUGUCCUCAAAUUCGAAUGCUGAAACUAUACCGUCUACGACUACGACUAAUAUCAAUCUUGAUACAACGGAUAGGAAUUUGUUAUCCGAGUCGUCAACGACGACUCGAGAGCAAAUUGAAGAACAAAGUAAUUCACAACAGCAGCAACAGCAGCAAGCGAAUAAUCAAAGUGGAAACUCUUGGUCAUGGGGUGGGAUUCUUGCAACCGCGACAAACGCUUAUAAAACAGCUUCGACUGUGGUAGAUAGCUCUGUGAAGGGAGCCUUAGUGGGAUCGGGAGCCUUGGUUGGAUCGGUACGAGCUAACGAGACUACUAAAAAACUAGAGGAGACGGUUCGUGGAUACGUCAAUAAAGAGGCCAUUGAGAAAAUUGGUGCCGAUUUGAAAAUGUUGAGUCUGAAUACAUUAAACACGGUGGUCAAUGCUGUAGCGCCACCAAUUUCGGAACAUGAAGUUGUAGAGGUGUGGUUGGCACAUGACAUGGUGGGAUAUGUAGGCGUAGAAUCACUUGUGCAUCGUGCGUUCAUGAAAAUAAUGGAACAGGUGGAAGGUGGUGAUGUCGUUGUCCGAAGAGGAAAUGAACCAAAGAGAAAAGAUUCGGACGGUACUUAUAAAGAUUUAAAUCUUUGUGAGGGUUUCACCGAAGCAGUAGGACUUGCUACGGUAAUAAAUUCAUUAUUGACUACAUGUCCAGUGUUCAUGUCAAUUCAACCCACCAAAGCAAAUCCUUACAGUCUGCCCAUCAAUAAGGUCAAUGACUCUGAAUCGUCUACUACUACCAAUUCCGAUCAAUAUUUAUUCUAUGUAAUUGUUCUCACCGAUCCAACUCACAAUCUCAAUUUCAAAACUUUUUCACAAUCACUUCCGAUGCAUUGGCUUGAUAUCCCGUACGAAGAGAAUGAAUGGGUAGAAGAGAAAAUGGUUGAAGCGUUAAAACUGGCUGUUCAAGCGAUUGCACAAGAUUAUGUUUGGGCUCGAAUGACUGGUGAUGGUCAUCAUCCACCUGUACGAGUAGAAGUGCCAAUUGUUCACGUGUAA